AUGAAUUCGGCAAGACAGCAGGCUUUUCAGCGUCUGCGAUCACCAUGCGUCGAACUCAGUUCGACUGCUCUCAAAUUCAAAGCGAACCAGGUCUCGCCAAAGGCAGUGCUGCUGGCCUUGGAGCCUGUCUACCGGGUUCUUCAGUCACUCAGUCAGGAUGGCCUGCUCGACGAGAAACUUGCAGAAUACGCCUUCUUUCCCCUAACGCACAUCUUCAACCAGUCCCGCCGCCUCUCUUCCCGUAGCUUGGAAUUGGCGGUCAAGUGCGUACAUAUUCUUGUGACACAAGGAUGGCGAGACAAGCUUCUUCCGGAGAUGGCCAAGCAGCUGCUUGUUCUGAUGGGUCUGCUGGUAUCGACAAGCCCAUCUCAGCACAACGAACCUGCCACGGACGAUCUCAAGGUCGCAUCGUUCGAGUGCAUAGCAGUGUUGGCGGCCCAGUCCAAUCGCCAGAGUACCUGUGUCCUCGAAGGUUCUGGCGAGAAAAACAUUGUCGAUCAACUUGUUUACCAGUUAUUGGAAGCAAUUACUGAAACAGGUUCGGACAAAGUCCAGAUCAGUGCGGCACAGGCUCUUCUUGAGCUCAAUCGCGCUAUCCAAGAUCGGCCUUUCCUGGCUAGCUUGCUUCCACGUACUGUUUCUACUUUGGUGAAGGUUCUGCGGCCAAGUACUCAAGCCCGACGCACUCGUAAAGUGCUCGCAACUUAUCUGAGGCUCCUUACCGUCGUCUUGAGAGGUGUCCUUGCCGAUGAAGCUGGUUCGGUUUGGGAAGUUCGGCCUGAGAAAGCCAAAGGCUGGGAAAGCAAAGAUCAUAUUGUUCUCGACAAGCAAUGGCGUGAUGCUACUACUCCGCAGGUCGAUCUAGCUUUGGUGCAGGUGGUCAAGCUCAGGACGCAUGAAGGUUCCGAGGUCGGUCAGGCCCUUUUGGACCUGUGCCUCAUGGUUAUUGAGGACGCUCCCAAGACUUUGGCUCGUACUUUGUCACUAAUGGUUGAAACGGUUGUUGUUCUCUCACGACCAUCCGGUUCAACAACCGCGAAGGCAACUCUCAAACAUCUCAUGAUCUCGCAACCUGAAGUUGUUGAGAUAGUGCGAGCUAAGUUCUAUCACUGGUCACAAGUUUUGCCGCGUGUGAUGCAAGGCAACGAUGAUAGACCAAAGCAGCAAAUGCUCGGGCAGGUCGCGACAGCAUUUGUGGCUUUAAUAGAUACAUCCAGCACCACCGAAGAAGCGCCUUUCAUGGUUGCGUCUGGCCUUGUUGAAACGGUAGCGGCGGCCAUCGAAGGUGGCACUGCUAAGCACAAGCUGGUCGAUGAGGCACCUCAGUUUGCCACGACUGAUCUCGUACAGCAAACUUUGCGAGUCAGCGAAGACUUCAAUCCUGUCAUCUUGGCUCAUCAAAGUCAACAAGCUUCUUUGAAAGAGUUGAAAAGCUUUAUCGAAGUGCUCAGGUCGCAAUCACUCACCCCAGCUUUAACGCGCUGCGUGCUUGAUCACGUUCGAGACCCGAACAUCAACAGGAAGCUGUCGGCCACAUACUUGGCUCUGAGCUUGCUACGUGGUCAUGGUAAUGAGUCCAUCACGAUAGACGACAUGAUCGCAGACUCUUUUGAGUCAGACUUGUCACUUUCUAGACCAUUCCUCGUCGCCGACCUGUACGCUCUGAUGUUGCCUUGCCUGCUGCAAUAUUCAGAGUCACCGAGUGAGGAUGAGUCUGAUUGGCGGCUUGUGGCUAUGUCGCUGGAGUCUCUCAUUUUGCAGGCCAAUCAACUUGGUCAGUCAUACCGACCUGAGUUGAUGGAAACAUUGUUCCCUGUGCUCACACUCUUGGGAUCACGUAACGGAAUGCUACAACGGCACGCUAUGACAGGUCUGGAUCUUCUUGCAAGAGCCUGCGAGUAUAGGUCGGUUGCUCAGAUGCUGGUCGAAAAUGCUGAUUAUCUGAUCAAUGGCAUUGCCAUGCGGUUGAAUGCUUUCGACGUAUCUAGAGACGGCUUACAGGUGCUUGCUAUGAUGAUAAGCCUGUGCGGUUCCAGUUUGUUGCCAUAUCUUGAUGAUCUGAUCGGAAGCAUCUUCGGUGCUCUGGACAGUUUUCACGGGUACCCUCAACUUGUGGAAGACUUGUUUGGCAUGCUCAAACUUAUGGUGGAUGAAACUUCCAAAACUCCAGACGUACUCGCCAUCGAUUCGGAUAUCACUACUUCCGAACAUAUAGGAAAACAUACUGCGGUGUCCACAGUCGAGGUGAUCGUGGAAGACCUGCGAAGACGACGGAGACGCAAAGACUCGAGCGAGGAACAGCACGAGGAGAUGAUUCCUACUCCUCAUCGUCCUUGGACAAAAGCAACGGGCAACUCGGACAAAGAAGGGGAGCACGACUCUGAGGGCGAGGGAGAGUCGAAAGGUGAAGACGUUUCCACCACAGCCGAUCAGAACAAUGAGCGUCCCCUGUCAAAGUCUCAUCAGCUACUUCUCAACAUUGCACAAUCUACAGUACCGCACUUCUCUUCGCCGUCACCCAAAGUAAGGCUUACCCUGCUGGGUCUAUUGCGACAAAUAUGCCCACUUCUGGCGCAGCACCAGAACUCUUUCCUGCCAUUGGUGAACUCGAUUUGGCCUGCGAUCGUCUCCAGGCUGUUGCUGUGGAAUGAAGCUAUAUCAAGCGAGAUGCCAUACAACGCUCAAGCUGCCGUCGAAACAAUGAGUAUCAUUUGCUCCAGCGCUGGUGACUUUAUGUCCAGCCGGGUUGAGGAAGUGUUUCCGGAUUUGUUGGCUAUCUUCACCAAGGUCUCGUCCGGAGUGAUUCCGUCUGCGAAACCAUUGAAGUCAUCAAAGCUACAGACCGGGGUAAGGCUUGAGUCAGUCGUCGAUGAGCGCCGAAAUAUCGUGCACGCAGGCAAUGGCGAACCCAGGCAAAGAUCAGUCUCCGCCGUGGUCCAAGGAGUUGUCACAAGGGCUGCCGACAUGCAAAUCCUAAACUCCGUCAUCGCGCUGUUCGUUUCCAUACUACGGAAUGUCCGAGUGGCCCAGGACACCGCCAACAGAAUCUUUGACAUAAUUGCGCUCUUCACAAAUCUCCCAGGCAACAAAGAAGCUAUUCGAGAGACCUUGUUGGAGUACAAUGCUGACGCACUGUGGCUGAUCGAACAGCAUCUCGAUGGGUAA